GCCUUGCGGUGUGCUUUCCGCCUGGGCAUCGGGGCGUGACGUGAGGGGAGUUGAACCGGGGGACUUCCUAAUCGAGACGAGUUGGAGGGAUUUGCAAGUUCCACCUAGCCGAGCGUCGAAAAACAUGAACCUCGUCGUAUGGCUUUCGGACGUCGCGGAUUAGGUAGAGGGGGCUCGUACAAGGUUGAUUACCGCGGGAUUCCCCUGAAUUCUGCCUUUGACUCGUCCUAUAACCUCUCUACUGCCCCGAUCUCGGAAUUAAGCGUGACAUGGGGGGUAGUGGCCGUCGUACUAUGCCUAUCGCUGUCGUUCAAGUUGGGGGUGGUAGGUGCAUGGCUACUCUAUCGUUCUAUGUACUUUCUUAGCUAUCAGCCAGCAUGCAACUAUGCCUAUGAUUUUUCUGUGCUCAAAGCACAUGACUUGCCAAGCUCACUCGGUGGCUGCCAGUCUCACAGAAGCAAUCAGCGGUCAAAGGCGUGUUGACGGUUGAUGUGGGCUGUGUUGAGGGUCCACGGAGGUAGCAGCCGAC